AUGGCUCCAAGCACGCCGCAACAACAGCAGCAACAGCGGCAAUUUGUGCAUCCAACUGCCAGUCAUGCAAAGAAAAAAGCCCCAAGCGCAUAUUCUAUGCAACCGAUCUCAGCCUUCUACUGGUUCCUCGGCGCCGCUCUCGUGUCCGCCUGGUUCGCGCCGAUUCAAGAUUGCGACGAGACGUUUAAUUACUGGGAACCGACUCAUUACUUGUCUCAUGGCUACGGUCUACAGACGUGGGAAUACUCGCCCGACUAUGCCAUCCGCAGUUGGCUUUACAUCGCCUUUCACGCCAUUGUCGGCAAUGUGCGCCGAAUUUUUCCUCACUCAAACAAGGUUGCCGAGUUCUACUUCGUGCGCUUUGGACUAGCUUUUGUAUGCGCCCUCACACAGACGAUCCUCUUUAUGGUUACGAGCACCACGCUCAACAGUCGAAUCGGCCUUUUCUUCCUAAUCGGAACCAUCGCCAGUCCCGGAAACUUCCAUGCGAGCACAGCUUUCCUUCCGUCCAGCUUCGCCAUGUACUUGGUGACACUGGGCGCUGCUGCUUUCAUGAACUGGAAGGGUGGCCUCAAGACUUCCCAAGGCAUGUUCUGGUUCGCCGCCGCUGGUAUUCUCGGAUGGCCAUUUGCUGCUGCGCUUUGCGCGCCCUUCAUGCUGGAGGAGCUUAUCUUGCUUGCUUUUGGAGACAAGACUGCUCUAUGGGAAGCAUUUGUCCGUAUUGGUCGGGGCGUGGUGUCGGCAUUCCUACUCCUUGCCGGCGACUACUUUGUCAACCUCUUCUUCUACAAGAAACAGGUUUCUGUGACGUGGAACAUUGUCAAGUACAACAUCUUCUCGUCAAACCACGGCCCGGAGCUCUACGGAACCGAGCCCUGGACUUUCUACUUCAAGAAUCUGGCGUUGAACUUCAACCUUUGGUUCAUCCUCGCUCUCGCCGCGCUGCCUCUUUUCAUCCUUCAAAAGCUUAUUUCACCAUCUGGCCAGGGAUUCCAAACCGGUCUUAGAACUGUUGUCUUCCUGUCUCCAUUCUACAUGUGGCUUGCUAUCUUCAGCUGGCAGCCUCACAAGGAAGAGAGGUUCAUGUACCCAGUCUACCCGUUCCUUGCGCUUAAUGCAUCCAUUUCGCUCCACAUGGUAUUGACCGCGUUGGGUAACUCGGAUCCAAAGACAUUGGUUGGAAAGGUUCCAGCAAAGCUGAAGCUUCUACUUGUCACUAUCACCAUGCUUCUCUCUGUCGACAUUGCUGUUCUUCGAUUGUAUGGUGUCUGGUCUGCUUAUUCUGGGCCCAUGAAGAUCUACUCGCCUUUGUUGGAGGGCAUAGAUGGCAAGGCGCCCAUCGGUCGUGACGAAGACACCGUAUGCUUAGGCAAGGAGUGGUAUCGCUUCCCCUCAUCUUACUUCCUGCCACGAGACAUGCGUGCAAAGUUCAUCCGCUCCGAGUUCAGGGGUCUCUUGCCCGGUGAAUUCGCUGAAGCUGAGACUGGCUUUGGUUUCUGGAGCGGUACUUGGCUCCCUACAACUGGUAUGAAUGACCACAACGAGGAGGAUCUUGGCAAGUACACCGAGCUUCCCGCAUGCUCAUUCCUAGUUGAUACUCAAUACCCCGAGAGGAACGACCCUCUACCACCAAACGAGCCUGACUAUAUUGCGGAUUCUAAGAGCUGGGAGGUUAUCAAGUGCGAGCCCUUCCUUGAUGCCGCCAAGACGCACCAGCUCGCGAGAAUACUAUGGGUCCCUGACCUCCCUUUCAUCCCCAAUGAGUUCAAGAGGAAAUGGGGACGACACUGCUUAUUGCAGCGAAAAAGAGCCGACGAGCCCGUUGUGUCUGCUUGA